ACAUUGCUUGGAUUUUGGGAGAAAACAGCUCAAAUGAUGUCCCAAAUCCAGGAGGCCUGUACUGGUUUGCAUCCGUACGACUUCAUAGCUCUCAAGCGACUACAGGACACCCCAGGCAAUCCCACUGCAGACCACAAAGAAGAGCAAGCAGACGGCAGCUGUCUAACUGCAAACCUCAAUAAGGUAGCUUUGUCUGAAGAAGAAGAGGGAAUUGAGAGAGAACCAGUCUGUUUUAGUUACUCCAUGGAUUCCUUUGGGCAACUCAGACCAGAAGACAACCAGUCAGUAGUGAGCAGAAUGCAGAAGAAAUACUGGAAAACUAAACAGGUCUUUAUCAAAGCAACAGGAAAAAAGGAGGAUGAGCAUGUGGUUGCAUCUGACGCAGAACUAGAUGCUAAGCUUGAGGUUUUUCACUCCAUCCAGGAGACAUGCAAUGAACUUCUGAAGAUAGUUGAGAAAUACCAGCUAAGACUCAAUGUUAUAUCAGAGGAAGAAAACGAACUAGGGCUCUUUCUAAAGAGUCAAGCAGAACGGGACGCAACGCAAGCUGGCAAAGUGAUGGAUGCCGCUGGCAAGGCACUGUGUUCUUCAGCCAAGCAAAGGUUGGCCUUGUGUACUCCCCUAUCUCGGCUUAAACAAGAAGUUGCCACGUUCAGUCAGAGGGCGAUUUCUGACACCUUGGUGACCAUCAACCGUAUGGAGCAGGCACGCACGGAGUACAGAGGAGCCCUGCUGUGGAUGAAGGAUGCAUCGCAGGAGCUUGACCCAGACACCCUCAAACAGAUGGAGAAGUUUAAAAAGGUGCAGAGCCAAGUGAGAAAUAGCAAAGGUUCUUUCGACAAGUUAAAGAUGGACGUCUGUCAGAAAGUGGACUUGCUUGGAGCUAGUCGCUGCAAUAUGCUAUCUCACUCACUCACUACCUACCAGAGAACAUUGCUUGGGUUUUGGGAGAAAACAGCUCAAAUGAUGUCCCAAAUCCAGGAGGCCUGUACUGGUUUGCAUCCGUACGACUUCAUAGCUCUCAAGCGACUACAGGACACCCCAGGCAAUCCCACUGCAGACCACAAAGAAGAGCAAGCAGACGGCAGCUGUCUAACUGCAAACCUCAAUAAGGUAGCUUUGUCUGAAGAAGAAGAGGGAAUUGAGAGAGAACCAGGCUGGGCCUCCCAAGAGGGAUCAGAAAACUCAGAUACCUUGCCAGUGCCUUCGCAGCACCCAAAGAAGUUAAAAUCCCCCAACAAUGGUAACCAAGACAUGUCAGCCUGGUUCAAUCUAUUUGCAGACUUGGAUCCACUCUCAAACCCAGAUGCCAUCGGACACUCUGACGACGAGCUUCUGAACGCCUGACUGAUGUCACAGGUUCAGGGGUCUUGAGGCAUCAACUGUGCAAUGUCUGCCUUUCUGGAAAGGAGUUCCCUAUGCAACCACACACAGAAGCAUGUGCUCAGGACAUAACGUUUGCCAGCCGAUUCUCGUCAGAGGGUUGGGGCGUCGUCUGAGCAGGCUGUUGUAUUUUACUAUGCUGGCUCUGCAAGCUGUUGAUCAUAUGUGGAAACUUUUAGAGAAACUCCCGAGUCUGUAAUACUGAGAAACCAAACUUAUGUCUGAAUCACAGGAGCAUGACGUAUUUCUUGGGAAGGUGCUUUACCAUUUAUUUUGCUGUAAGGGAUAAAGAAUGGGCUAUACAGCAGCUAUAGUUUGGGGUUUUGUUUGUUUUUUUCCUUUUGUUUUUAUGGCAGCAGGUGUUUUCUGUUGAGGGGAAACAGCAGUAGAACUAGACCGCUUUCUUCCUGAUUAUAGUGUAGAAGAGGACUAGAGAACUCAGGACG